AUGGCGGUCGAUCCGCAGGAGGACAAGUACGACGUGGGCAGUGGUGAGCGGUUCGACGACUUGGUCGGCCUCAUCGAGCACUUCCGGUCGUACCCGAUGAUCGAGACUUCCGGUGACGUGCUUCGUCUGCUGCAGCCCGUCAGCGGAACCGGCCUCCGCGCACAUGACAUCGAUCAGAAAAUAAUGGAGAUGGAGAAAUUCCAGAAACCGGAGAACAAAGGCGGAUACGACGGGGAGUUUCUAUCACUAAAUUUGGCAGAAGAAAUGAACUUAUUUUCCAUGGAAGAAGGUGAAAAGGCGGAAAAUAUAGCUAAGAACCGCUACAGGAACGUACUGCCGUACGACGAGACCCGAGUGAUUUUGCGCAAGAUCGGCGACGUACCUCCAGAAGCCGACUAUGUUAAUGCAAACUACAUCCGUUCAAACAACGUUUUCGAGCCGUCCGCUCUGUCCUCCAACGAGACCCUGAACAGCGUGCAACCUCUGGCUGCACAGAAUGACUGUAUAAAGUCACCGCAACUCGUUACGAAGUCGCUCUCGGAUGAAGCUCUAAGGGAAAUAAAGAAAUGCAUGAAAUUGGACAAAAUAAACGGAAACUUACGACUCAGUACAGUAAAGGACAAAACUUACAUAGCCACCCAAGGUUGUCUUGCUAGCACCGUGAACGACUUUUGGCACAUGAUCUGGCAGGACGACGUUAGGGUCAUCGCAAUGAUCACAAAGGAGACUGAACGUGGAAAGAAAAAAUGCGACCGCUACUGGCCGCUGGCUGGACGAGAGGAGCGCUAUCACAAAUUUCUGGUCAAAUCAGUUUCGGAGACCUUAUACGAGGACUAUGUGCUGCGGGAGCUGGAAGUGACCGACGACAGCAACACGCGUAGGAGCGUCUACCAGUACCAGUUUACUGCCUGGCCAGAUCACGGCACCCCGAACGAGCCAGAUGGCGUGCUUGCCUUCUUAGACGACAUCAACACAAGGAUGCAUCAAAGUACGCUAAACAGCAAUCCACCAGAACAGAAUGUGCUGUGCGUGCAUUGCUCAGCGGGGGUCGGCAGGACGGGCACUUUCAUAGUCCUCGACAUGCUUAUAGAUCAGAUCAAAAUGUUUGGGUUCAACUGUGACAUAGACGUGCAUAGCACGGUGAAGGCAGUGCGGACGCAAAGGAGGGGUAUGGUGCAGAACAAAGCCCAAUACAGAUUCAUAUAUCUGGCGCUGCAAAGUUACGUCGACAAAAAAGACUUAAAGUUGAGGAAAAAGGUCUACCCGUCGGAUGGU